CAGUUAAUAGCUUCCUCAGAGGAGAGUUUGGGAUCAUGGAGACACAGACACCGGCUAAACUACAGUCUGUUACCUCGUUUUUACUCACCUGAAAGAACAAUAAAUACUCCAUCAUCACCUACAACAACAGAAGGAAACUCAACAUGGAGCUAUAAUGUCAUUUAAAUGUCCAGAAGCUCGUCGGAGAAGAAAAACUGGAGCAACUUAACAGAGAGUUCAGCAGACAGGGACAGACAGAGACGGCUCUAGAGACAUCAUGUCCACCAGUACCAUCAGUCAACCCUGCAGGCAGGACAGGAAAGGCAGUUUCUUAAAGCUGAUCGACUCGUUCGCCUGGGAAAUCGGCACAUUGAAGAAGGAAAUGGGGAAAAAGACUGAGCCUGCAGAAGGAGACCAGAAGACAGAUACACUUCUUGGACUGGGUGAAGAGGUGGGAGGUCUCUUCCUGCAGGCCUCCCCCUGUCCUGGGAUGGCAGCGGGGCUGGCUGGAGCCAGAGAUUCGGGCUAUGAUUCCCUCCAUCGGCGGCUCAGUGUUCUGGACCGACUGGUGCAUACACAUGCUGUGUGGCUACAGCUGGGCCUCAGCCACCAGGAUGCCACACGUAUACUGCAGAGCCAACCCGCUGGGACAUUCAUGGUGAGGAAGUCAACCAGCCUGCAGAAGAAAGUAAUAUCUCUACGCAUGAACAAAGACUCUGCGAUUCCCGUCAAAGACUUCCCUGUGAAGGAGAGCCAGUACACUUUCUCUUUGGUGGGAUCAGGCCUGAGCUUCGCAGAUCUUUUCCGCCUGGUGGCUUUCUGUUGCAUCAGCAGGGAUGUGUUACCCUUCACUCUGAAGCUUCCAGAAGCCAUCGCUUCAGCCACAACGUCUGCUGAUCUGGAGGAGGUUGCUAAACUCGGAGCAGGCUUCUGGGAUGCUCAGUCGUACCACAGGAGGACGGGCUCACUCUCCUUAUCAGGACUAAAUGCCCCCGACAGACCACCUCCUCCUGCCCAGAGACCAGUCUCCUUGCCCUCCAUCCCAGGGCACCCUCGGCUUCUAACUCGCACCCCGUCAGAGCUCAAGUGUCUCCAGUCCAACGGAGCACUUUGCUUCAUCAACCCCCUCUUCAUAAGGGUUCACCAAUCAGAUGGCGACCACAGCGCCACUUCAAAUUCCUCUGGUACAGUGAAGCAAGGCCUGAGGGAGGAACCCGUCAGCGACAGCCUAGAAACCAACAACACUCAACACUCUUGUAAAGACAGUCCUCAGGUCUGUAGCUCAGAUCAAAGUGACAGCAGCCAGUCCGCUCAAAGCAACCUUCAGAGCCUUGAUGGAAACACAGAGCUACAGGACGAUAACAGCCAAACCAGCAGCAGCAGCAGUCAGAAGCUAAGUGCUGCAGACAGCGUGGCACGGUCCCCACCUCCACGUCCACCCCCGCCUCGCAUUGCGCCGCAACGCUCAGCGCGUCCUCUCCGACAGCGCAGUAUGCCAGAGAAGAUCUCCUGGAUCAACGUCCCCAAGGAGAAGCCGGAGGAGCGGGAGAGGGGCAGCAGCCUCCUUUCUCGUUUGGGCUCCUCGCUAAGCAUCAGCCCCUCAUCCUCCCCUCCCAAGAGACUCAGCAUCAGCUCCCCCAUAUCCAUCCCCCGGCCCUCUCUCCCCAUCUCUCUGUCAUCUCUCUCCUCCUCUCCGCGUCGGGCCAAGGCCUCGCCAUCAUCCAGCCAGGAGGAUGCCCAGUGCCACGUGGCGCUGGAGGAACAGACUAUUGAGAAGGCUAUCAUUAGGGCCAGACUGUUUCAGCGUAAUGCUACCAGAACCCCCGCCCAGGACUCGAGCAGUCCUCCAGACCCUUCACCGAUGACGACAAGCAAGCAGACAGAUGUGACAGAAGAAGAAGAAGAAGAAGCAGGCGAGGAAAACGGUGGUGGUGGUGGCCAGCGGCUCAGCGACAUGAGCCUUUCCACAGAUUCCUCAGACUCUCUGGAUUUCUCCCAGUCCUCAGCCUUCUUCCUUCCUCCUCUGCAUGAUCCCAGCCCCCCCACCGAGGCUGACUUUAACACCCAUCUCCCCCUCUCCAUUGCACCAUCCCACAUGCCUUACUGCAGCAUGGAAGAGGACGACGAGGACGACGACGACGACGACGAAGAGGAGCCCGACUAUGGCGUCAGUCUCGAGAGCGACCAGGACCAAGACCAGGACCUAACCAUGGUGCCACCGGGCCACCGCACAAAGCGCCGCCCAAGUGCCAGCGCUUUAGUCCUGCAGAAGGCCCUGCGAGGGCACCUGCGCAAGAUGAGCGGCGUUUUCAACUCGCUGCUGACGCCUGACAAGAGGGCGAUCCGCAAGGUGAUGGAGUUGUCCCGGGAUAAAAGCUCGUACUUCGGCUGCCUGGUGCAGGACUACCUGAGCUACAUGGGCGAGGGUGCGGGCACCCAGGCUUGGCAGGGCUACGCCUCUGGACUGGAGCUGCUGCAGACUCUCCGCCAGUUUAUCACUCAGAUGAAGAGCUACCUGAGACAGAGCUCCGAGCUGGAGCCGCCAAUUGAGAGCCUCAUUCCUGAAGACCAGAUCGACCGAGUCCUGGAGAAGGCCAUGCACAAGUGCGUUCUGAAGACCCUCAAACCGGUGGUGAGCGUGGCCCUGCAGGAGUUCCAGGUGCGCAGCGGGGAGUGGCAGGAGCUGAAGGAGAACAUGGCGUUGGCCAAGGCCCGGCAGCCGCAGGAAAUGGGCGUGGCCGACAUGCUGCCCCCAGACUCCGUGGCCAUAGAGAAGAUCAAGCACAAGUUCCACACCAUGAGUAAACUGUACUCCCCCGAGAAGAAGGUCUCCAUGCUGCUGAGAGUCUGCAAACUCAUCUACACCAUCAUGGAGGAUAACUCGGGUCGUCUGUAUGGUGCCGAUGACUUCCUGCCCAUGCUGACUUACGUGUUGGCCCAGUGCGACAUGCCUCAGCUGGACAAUGAGAUACUCUACAUGAUGGAGCUGCUGGACCCCGCUCUGCUCCACGGAGAAGGUGGCUACUACCUGACCAGCGCAUAUGGAGCUAUGUCCCUGAUUAGAAACUUCCAGGAGGAGCAGGCAGCCAGAGCUCUGCUGAGCUCUGAAACCAGGGACACACUCCACCAGUGGCACCGCCGACGCACCACCCAGCGCUCUGCACCGUCCAUCGAUGACUUCCAGAACUACCUGCGGGUGGCGCUGCAGAACCUGGACAGCGGCUGUACGGCCAAGACCCUACAGGUCCGACCUUACGCCUCCGUGGAGGAGGUGUGUCGGCUGUGUGCCCAGAAGUUCAAAGUGUCGGACCCCGAGAACUACGGCUUGUUCCUGCUGAUGGAGGGCAGCAGCCAGCAGCUGGCGCCAGACACCCACCCUCAGAAGAUCAAAGCUGAGCUCCACAGCCGCUCGCAGACCACUCCCUUCCACUUUGUCUUCCGCCGUGUGGCCGCCAACAACAACAACACAUCAUCAGCUCCCCUCAAUCUUACACCCAACCUCAAUGACCUCACUGUGACCUCUGACGCCCAGGCCAACCUGAAUGACCUCAGCAUGGACCUGUCAGCCUCCUCCUCCCAGCUCUCUCUCAGCUCAGGCCUCAGUCCGACUCUGAGCCUCAGCCUGCCGCCCAGCCACCUCAAUGGCAACUCUAUAUCUAUAUGACUGUAACAGGGGGGGCUGACUGAAAGUCUGAACGGGGUCUUUGUCUCCCGGCUGUGACAGUAUCCCCCAUUAUCUCUAACAAACACGGUUCCAUGAGACCUACACUGGCCAGCACGUUGAAAGGAUUGGGCAAAGCGCGGUGUCGUGCCAGUCCUUACAAAGCCUGAUUUCUCCUUUUGGAUGUCUGUCUCAGUCAACAUCCCCCUCGCUGGAAAGUUCUGUCAGACAGACACGGGUGAAAGAGGAAAAGAAGAAAGGAGGGAAGGAAACGAGAGAGAUUUUUUUUUUACUUCCUUGGCUCUAUUUUUGGCAACUUUGCAAUGCUAAGUGUGUUACGGACGACAUGAACACUAACAUGUGUUAGCAGUCCUGCCUUAAUGCUGGUGCUUCCUGUGCAGAUUCAGGGUCAGCUGUUCUUGUUGUUACGUUUUAGGGUACAUAGAGGGAAAUCAGAUCUCCGAGACUAAUCAAUCAUUUUAAAUAUACUACAGAUUAUUUAGGUGAUAGAUGUAGCUUUGAUUUACUUAUAACAGUUGCUGGUAAACUGUGUUAUUAUGUUGUUUGAGACCGUUAAUCCUACAGAUUGUUUGGCGACACCCAGUGGUGGCUGUUGCACACAGCAAGAGUUUCAUCUGAAACUGAACAUGUAUGGCCUUAGGUGGGAAGUAAUAUGCCUUAUUGCAACAAAAUAACAAGCAGAAGAAGGAUAUUAUCAAUGAAAGGUAUAAUAUAUAUGGCAUUUUAUAUGAUAAUCUUAAGGAUUAACAUUUUAAAAUUUGUAAAAUAUUGUUCUUGCAUGUAGUUUUAAGUGUAAUAUUAGAAACAGGCAGUUCUGCCGGUGUUUUAAAAAACAUUUAUGUAUUUACUGAUUAUCCUGGUGAUAUGAAAAAUACCUGAUAUAUUGCGUGUUAAAGGGCAUCUUUCUUCCAUUCAGAUUGACGAUAUGUGACCGAGGAACAAGUUGUGGCUUCCACAUUUACAAUUUUUGACAAGUCUACUUACUUAACGUACUACUGACAAAAGUUAAAGGUUUUUAUCCUGGUGAAUAAAAAGAUGUGGUCAGUUAUAAAAUAAAGAAUGUGUGGACUUCCAAGCUGGUCUGAGGUCACACAAACAUGCUGUGUUGUAGAUAUUUGGAAAGACAAAAGGUAUGUGAGGAUAUAGUGGUGGGCAGGUGAGGGAACGUUGUCUACAUCAGUAUUGAGUUUGGUACUGUCGAUCAAAAAAAAAAUACUUGACAUUUUCUUGUGAAUUUAAAAGGUUCCAGUAGUUGGAAAAUCUAAUUGCUAUGCUGUUAAUUUACUGAGUGUAAUGAACUGUAACACUCCAUUCGUUCCUGUCUUACAGUCAUGAGUGGUAAGUAGAGAGGAAACACGAGUAGCAUUAAUGUCAUGUACCGUAGCUCACCGUGUAUAUCUCUGGGGACCAAGUGUUCAGAGUCUGAAUUGACUCACACUGCCAUGUUUUUGGUAAUCUAACUUUCUUUAAGCAAAUAUGUGUAUUUAUGUCUCUGUGCGGGUAUCUUUCACAGACGGCUUUUUCCGUGUUCCAUAAUAAUCUUUGGUGUCAAAAUGUCAUUUGCGCCCAGGAGACAUCUUGUUUUGUUGUCAUUGAAUGAUAUCAUAAAUAUUAUUUUGCACUUAAUAAAUGUUUGAAGAGGAA